ACCGCGGUUUGCAGUGUGAAUGCAGACGGAGUAGCUGAGGAUGGAGCAGAGGAGGAGAAGACCCGCCGCUGUCUCACGCCUCUGAAUUCUCCAUCGCCCUCCCUUCGAUCCAGAGACACACUGGCACUUCCUCUUCGUCUCUAUUUUCUAUGGCGCUUUUCUAUUCAUUCCGCCGCUGACACCGCUCCGCGUCACCCACCCGUCUGUCAGCACAACACCGGCUGCGACUGUCUCCUGAAGAAAACCACACCACCUUCUCCAGGAUAGCCGCUGCUACAACAAACAUGGAUGAGGAGAACCACGUUCCCGAGGACCUGUCCCUGGAGGAGAGGGAUGAGCUGUCAAACAUCCGACGCAGGAAGAAGGAGCUGCUCGAUGAUAUUGAGAGGUUGAAGUUCGAGAUCGCAGAGGUCAUGACGGAGAUCGAGCAGCUGACGUGUGUCGGAGAGAGUAAAACAACCCAGAGAAACAAACAGAUCGCCAUGGGUCGGAAGAAAUUCAACAUGGACCCAAAGAAAGGAAUCCAGUUCCUGCUGGAGAACGACCUUCUGCAGCACACUCCCGAAGAAGUCUCCCAGUUCCUCUACAAAGGCGAGGGCCUCAACAAGACUAUGAUUGGAGACUACUUAGGCGAACGAGAUGACUUCAACCUCAAGGUGCUGCAGGCCUUUGUGGAGCUGCACGAGUUUGCAGACCUCAACCUGGUCCAAGCUCUACGGCAGUUUCUAUGGAGUUUCCGUUUGCCAGGCGAAGCCCAGAAGAUCGACCGAAUGAUGGAGGCGUUUGCCUCUCGGUACUGUCAGUGCAACCCCGGGGUCUUCCAGUCAACAGAUACCUGCUACGUGUUGUCGUUUGCGAUCAUCAUGUUGAACACCAGCCUACAUAACCCCAACGUCAGAGACAAGCCCCCUGUGGAGCGCUUUAUCUCCAUGAACAGAGGCAUUAAUGAAGGAGGAGAUCUGCCAGAAGAGCUUCUCAGGAACCUUUACGACAGCAUCAAAAACGAGCCCUUCAAAAUCCCAGAGGAUGAUGGGAACGAUCUGACGCACACAUUCUUCAACCCUGACAGAGAAGGCUGGCUCCUAAAGCUCGGCGGCCGUGUGAAGACGUGGAAGAGGAGGUGGUUCAUUCUGACUGACAACUGCCUCUACUACUUUGAAUACACAACAGAUAAAGAGCCUCGUGGGAUUAUUCCUCUGGAGAACCUCAGUAUCAGAGAGGUGGACGAGCCGAGGAAGCCUAACUGCUUUGAGCUCUACAACCCAAACCACAAAGGUCAGGUGAUCAAGGCCUGCAAGACGGAGGCGGACGGGCGGGUCGUCGAGGGCAACCACGUGGUGUACAGGAUAUCGGCCCCCACGCCGGAGGAGAAGGAGGAGUGGAUCAAAUCCAUCAAAGCGAGCAUCAGCAGGGAUCCUUUCUACGACAUGCUGGCCACCAGGAAGAAGAGGAUAGCGAAUAAGAAGUGAUGUCCGCCCGCGCUCCACAUCCUCCUCGUCUUCAUCACUGCCCUCUCUGUGACCAGCACGGCCCCAGGAGACACAGGUGGGAGUUUUCGGGUCAAGCUUGUCUGGGAGCCGGAGGAUCGUCUGCACAUCAGAUCAGAGGCGAAGGUGUAGAUGGAGAAUAAGGACCUGCAGGAUCUUCACCGAGCUGGAUGUUCAUUGAGGACCACAGUUUAGAGGCGGAGCAGCCACGACUGGAAUCAUAGGACAUUUUUGCGUAAUGUGUCUGUGGCACUGCUGCCCUCUGCUGGACGUGUGGGGAAUUACAUCUACUGCACAACAAACGCACGGGCAGGAUGUAAAACCUGAAUCCCUCCGGUCUCUCUCCACCUGGUGAGGUUGGUCACCCCCAGACGCCAACUUUUGAUUCUUUAAUUGUCUCGUGCAUCAGCAGUUGCCGACGCCAAUGUUUUCCGUUAACUACGGAAAGCCUCGAGUUUUUAAAUCAGCUGGUCUGAUUGUUGUGUAUCUGUAUAUGCAAACUUACUGAUUUAACCAAGAAAAUGAAAUCCAGGCUCAUAUUCUUCUGUAAUUUAGCGUGUGCCACCUUAUUCCCUCUUUGAAAACGAAGACGUAAACGAUUCAGGGGAAAUAGUACCACACACACACUUAGAGGAACGACCCUUUCAAGUGGCCACUGUUGCAUCAUAUAUAUUAGUUCUGUACCGUUACAUAUUGAAGAUGCAUCUCUGUGUUCAUUUCUUUUGUAUUUAUUUGCUUAUUGUUUUUAACAAAAGAGGCAGCCCCAGACUCAUUACAUUAUGCAUGUAUAAUAUAUAAUGUACAUACUGGUUUUUAUUCUUUCUUUGUUGUAUUUAUGUAGCAUGUCAGUCAUAACAGCCAUAGCCUGUACCCGUUCACCUUUUAGUUCAACAGUUUAUAGUAGUGGAAGUGGCACCUUGUGCGGAGCAGUGAAGUCUCCUCACACAGUGUUUUUACUGAAGAUCAGAUAAUGUGAUGAUUCAUGAGAGAAAAACUCACAUUACAGAGACCUAAUGGUGUUUUUUUCCCCCCUUAUCUUUGUUCAAGAGUGUUCUUUCAGUUUGUGAGCGGGGCUUAUUUCUCAGAUUUUGUAAUGCGCUCACUCGAAACCCUGCACUCGCACUCAAAACAUUCCCAGCCUUCCAGCUUUAGCUCUCGUUCCUGUGCGCAGGAGAAAUGGUUCGGAUUUCUAGUCUGUCCCAACUAACAGAAUGCCAGCUGUGGUGGGUCGCCUUUUUUGUUUUUAUAGUUGCUAGUAACUGUAUUGAAAACAUAAAAAGAACUUGACAUCCUUGAUUUUGCCGCUUUAUGUUGACCAGAGAUCUGCUGGACUCCUUCUCAAUGAAGGGCGGGACAACUUCACUCAUAGUAACUACACCUGGCAUUCUAUUGGUUAGGGAAGUGGACUAGAACUAGACUUGUAGCACCAUAACAUCCAAGCACAAGCAGGGAGCGUUUUGAUUGUGAGCGCAUGGUUUUGACAGAGAGCAUUACAAAAUCUGAACAUGAAAUCAAUAAGUCCUGCUUUCUAAGAUCACGCUCUUGAAUUAAGAUAGAAGAAAAAAACAUACUCACAGGACAUGGUAAGUUAAAAAAACAAAACGUGCAGAACGUGGACUUAAAUCAUGUGAAUGCUGACUGGAAUCCCAAGGUCCGUCAAACCGACCCACAUUGUUUAGGUGCAGGUUUCCGGUUUUGAUCUUGGGUAAACCGCUCAUGUGAAGACUUUGAAUUAAAAAACACAUGCUGAUCAGUGAA